AUGGACAUGCCCGCGGGUUCGCACCCAACGAGGCUGCUGGUAUGGGCAGCCGUCGGCUUGGCCGUCAUCUCCUUGCUUGUCCCCAUCGCCAGGCGAUUCUUCGUCCGGCGCCAGAUUGCGCGUAGCCAUGGCUGCCGACCGGUUGCAAAAUCUGCCAACAAAGACCCAUUCCUUGGCAUAGACACAAUACGUGCCAAUCUGAGGGCGGCUCGCGAGCACAAAGCCCUCGAAACAAGCCGCGCGAGGACUUCCCGCUUCGGAAAUACGUACACGUCGAGGCAGCUGUUGCUUCCCAUCAUCGUGACCGUGGAGCCCGACAACAUCAAGACGGUCCUCGCGCUCAAUUUCAAGGACUAUGGCAUUGGCCAUCGUCUAGAACGCUUCAGCCCCCUCCUCGGGGCAGGCAUAUUCGACACGGAUGGCGACCACUGGGCGGCGUCGCGCGCUCUUAUCCGGCCCAACUUCACCAGAGACCAAGUAGCCGACUUGGCCUUGUUUGAGAAUCUGAUGCAGGACCUCUUUGCGCUUAUUCCGCGGGAUGGACAGACCGUCGUCGACCUGCAGGACCUGUUCUUUCGCUAUACAAUUGAUUCUGCCACCGAGUUUCUGUUUGGACAGUCAGUCGGCAGUCUGAAGAAGACGGCCAAGACGGAGCUGGAUUUCGCAGAGGCAUUCAAUUAUGCGCAGGACGCCAUCAGGAUGCGCAACAUCCUGGGACCGCUGGCGAAACUCUACAGGGAUCCCAAGGCCGACAGAUGCAAUAGGAUUUGUCGCGAGUUUGCCCAGCAAUUUGUUGACAAGGCCGUCAGCGAGGUUUGGUCAGAGGGCGACCCGGCCGAAAAGCAACCAUCAGCGGACAAGUCCAAGACGCAGGGCGAGAAAUACAUCUUCCUGCGCGAAUUGGCAAGGCGUACAUCGGACAAGCGCCGCAUCUUGGACGAACUUCUCAAUGUUCUCCUUGCCGGUCGUGACACCACGGCCAGCCUACUCAGCAACAUGUUUUUUAUGCUUGCCAAGAAUCCGGCCAUCUGGGCCAAACUGCGAAAUGAGGUGGCCGUGCUGAAUGGGCAAGUGCCAACCUAUGAGAUGCUUCGUAGUCUCAAGUACUUGAAGUGCUGCAUGAACGAAUCGCUACGCCUCCACCCAGUCGUGCCCAUGAACUCUCGCGAGGCCUUGCGAGAUACUAUCCUGCCAGUCGGCGGUGGGAGUGACGGCCUGUCACCGGUAUUUGUACCCAAGGGCACGCACGUCGCCUAUAACGUGUACGCGAUGCAUCGACGGGCUGAUUUCUACGGACCGGAUGCAGAUGAAUUCCGCCCGGAGCGCUGGGAGAGCAAGGAGCUGCAGCCGCGAUGGGAGUAUCUGCCUUUUAACGGAGGGCCGCGCAUAUGUGUCGGCCAGCAAUACGCCCUGACCGAAGUGGGAUAUGUUACUGUCCGCAUAGCACAGGAGUUCCAAAAGCUGGAAAGUAAGGAUCCGGGGCCGUGGGAAGAGUCAUUGACGCUGACGCUUUGUUCUCGAAAUGGAACCAAGGUUUGUCUUGCGCCAGCAUAA